AGCCACAGAGUCUGUCUGGUUAGACUGACUCUGACUGUUUGAGAGGUAAAGGUUGUUAAUACCAGUUUAAGCAGGAAAGGAAGUGUCUGUUUUAAUUCUAGUUUUUUCAAACCAGCUGAACUCUAUAUGCAGCAAAUAAUCAUUAUGAACUCGACACAGGUUUUAUUUUUGACUUUAGGGGCUUACUUUGACACCAAGCUGUUGAAAUACUUGUUCUUCCUUGUCGUCCUGUGUCUCUAUGUUCUGAUCAUUGGUUCUAACAUCGUGCUGAUCGUGGUAAUCUGUGUGAACAGGAGCCUACAUGAACCCAUGUACAUGUUUCUGUGCAGCCUAUUUGUGAAUGAGCUGUAUGGCAGCACAGCCUUGUUUCCCCUCCUGCUAGUUCAGAUACUCUCCAAUGUUCACGCUAUUGCUGCUCCUCUCUGUUUCCUGCAGAUCUUCUGUAUCCACAGCUAUGUAACUGUGGAGUUCUUCAUCUUAGCUGUCAUGUCCUAUGACCGUUAUGUGGCUAUCUGCUACCCGCUGCGAUAUAAGGCAGUGAUGAGAGCGAAGAGGAUCUCUGUUCUUACUUCAGCUUCAUGGUUUGCUGCCUUUCUCCUGGUAAUAAUAAUGACAUCUUUAAGUUUCUCUCUACAGCUUUGUGGAAGCAUCAUAAACAAAGUUUACUGCAACAACUACUCUAUAGUUAAACUGGCUUGCUCUGAUACCACAGUGAAUAACAUUUAUGGCCUUAUCAGCACUGCUCUCAGCGUUUUUCUUCCAGUAUGUUUGAUUCUCUACACCUACAUGAGGAUUUUGAAGGUAUGUUUUUCUGGGUCCAAACAGACCCGACAGAAAGCAGUUGGCACCUGCACCCCUCACCUGGCCUCUAUCAUUAACUUCUGCGUUGGAUGUGUGUUUGAAAUAAUCCAGAGCAGGUUUAACAUGAGCAGCGUUCCCCGGGUGCUUCAAAUACUGUUAUCUCUGUACUUUCUGACGUUUCCUUCGCUCUUUAACCCUGUGAUGUAUGGCCUGAACGUGUCCAAAAUACGCAAUUUGUGUAAAAAUCUGUUCCUGAAAUGUUUUGAUUGUUUCAAGAAUAAAAAAUAGCUGAGA